AUGGCCUCCCAGGCGGCUAUGUUGUUAGACCCCAAGGGCUUCAAGAAACAAAUGAAGAAAAACGGUACUUCAUCCACUUCUGAGAGCCAAGAUGCCUUGCAAGGGAACAGUGAGGUGGCAGUCAACACAAUGCGGGAAGAAAAUCCCUCCUCUUUGUCCCUUGACUCUGCAACGGCUUCCCCCGCGCUUCACUCAGUGGAUUCGACCGAAUCAACUCACUUACUUUGUCUCGACACAGCGUUACCCUCGUCCCAAUCUAUCGCACCUGCUGGAACUUCUCCGGCUGUUCAGUUCUCGACCACAAUACCUCGGAAGCUUUCUCCUUCACAUGCUGCCAUGACAUCGAGUCUUGCGCCAGCCGACGCGCCGAAGCCUGACGAUCAUGUAUCCGUUCAGUUCACCGAUUCAAAGCGCAGCUACGACGAAACCAGUGAUGCCGAAGAUACUGCACGACCUCGGAACUUUAUUGAGGAUAUCUACGACGUCGAACAGCGCAGACAGCAACCUGCCAAGAAAAUCAAGGUGCAGGAAUCGCCUACUGGAUCAGCCAGUCAAUCCGUCAAUAUCCCCGGUGACAGCGAGAUUGGUCGGUUUAUCAAAGAAGAUCAAAAAGAUACCGUGGUUGAUUUGACAGCCACGCCCCCAAAGGACAGUACCGACGAUGAGAUUCAAGUCACAGGGUCCAACGAUCUCAGAAAACAACGGGUUUGCUACGGUAAGAUUGAAGGAGCCACGGUCAACGCGCAUUUGGUUCCCAAGCCAGGUGAAAACUCCAAGUCUAUCUUUGCUGGCCAGUGGCCGCCUGUCAAGCUGGAUCUACAUCAAAUACCCAAUAUGAUGGACAAGCGCAUUGAGGUCUCGGACCCUCAUGGCAAAAUCUUUGGCUUCGUGGACCCCAUUACCGCUCAUGCACUUUGCCCAUUACUUCACUCAGAGCAUCUUCACCUCGAUGUUGGAGCUCGGCUGGAUAUGCGCAACAUCUUCGAUGAUGAGAUUAUAUGGAACCCUAUUUCACGAAGCUACAAGGCAUCACUGAUCUUGUACGGUGAACGCCAGUGGGCACACCUUGUUGGCCGACAGCUCGGUCAUAACAACGUAUGGCUGAGCACACCACCAUUUGUGGAGAAGGGGGUUCCUCUUUGGAAUCCUCAUGAACAGAAGAGAAGAGAGAUGGCAGUCGCAUCUACAGCUGCAGCUGUCAACAAUGGGCGAGAUCGUUUUGGUCAGAGGUACGAAGUGCGAACCGCAGAAGAGAUUACAGACUCUGUGACCAAGAUGCUUAACCAACUCCACAACACUGAUAUCCCCGAGAUGGAGGCACCUGCAUCAGUUUUGACUCCUCUGCUUCAUCAUCAGAAACAAGCCUUGUGGUUUAUGACAGAGAAAGAAAAGCCACGAAAGUUUGGGAAUACCGAAGCAGACAAUACCUCGCUCUGGCGUGCUCAACCCUCGAACAAAAGCAACACUAACGGUCAAACAGAAUACAGGGAGAUAAUCACUGGCCUCGUCGUAUCUCGAGAACCACCUCAGGUUCUUGGUGGCUUAUUGGCCGAUAUGAUGGGUCUGGGAAAGACACUGAGCAUCCUCUCUCUGGCUCUUUCGUCACUCCCACAAGCUUACCAGUGGGAAAAGAAACCCCCACCAGCUGGCUUAGCCCGAGCAAUCCCCGGUGUUCGUAAUACUCGCACUACUCUUUUGGUAGUUCCAUUGAGUGCGGUGAAGAAUUGGGAGAUGCAAAUUCAAGAGCACCUCCAGGAAAAUUCCGUGAAGUGGUACACUUUCCAUGGACCGAACCGCACCUUCGAUCUCAAAGAGCUUUCUACAUACGAUCUGAUCAUUACUACCUACAGUACCAUCCUCAGUGAAAUCCAAGAGCGGUCAGGACGUGGACCCAGUCCCCUGACUAAAAUGAACAUGUUCCGUAUCGUGUUGGAUGAAGCACAUACAAUUCGCGAACAGAACGCUCAGCAAACGAAGGCCAUUCUCGGUCUUCAUGCAAAUAGGCGCUGCUUGCAACUCUUCAUCGAUUCCUUCACGCUACGCCGUGUCAAAGACAGAAUUGAUCUACCACCCCGCGAGGAUUCGUUCAUCAUGCUCGAUUUCUCUGAGGAGGAAAAGAAACUUCACAACUUUUUCCGUGCCGAAUCCAGUCAAAUGAUGAAGGUCCUUACCAACGAUACAAAAUCCAGUAUUGGAGGACGUGUCUAUCACCACGUGCUGAAGGCAAUGAUGAUCCUGCGUCAAGUCAGUGCACAUGGCAAAGAGCUUCUGCCUCUUGAAGAUCGAGAGCGUAUCAAGGGUCUCAAUCGCCAUGAACCCAUCGAUCUUGACGAUAAUACCCAGGACAUCACUGGCCCUCCUGAUGAGAAAAAGGGAUACGAAAUGUUCACGCUGAUGCAGGCAACAAACGCUGAUCAAUGUGCCUUGUGCCGAAAGUCUUUUGCUGAUGCAGUCAGUGGAACAGCAAAUACCAAUGGCAAUGGCAAUGGUAAUGGUAAUGGAAAUGGAUCCGGCGAAGUCGACCGAGAUACAGCCAUGGCGGUUUUCCUACCAUGCUUUGAUAUCAUUUGUCCUGAAUGCUUCUUAAAUCAGAAGAAUGAAUGGGAAGCUACCUCUGGGACAGAUAUUAUGUGUAAAGCCUGUGAUGGCUGGAUCGCCAAGGCUUACACCGUCCUUACUCCAGCAGGUUUCGAGGCUUAUACCAUUCAACAGGCUCAAGACCGACAACUGCGACGCAACGGUAAAAUCUUAGGCGAGUAUGAGGGGCCUCAUACAAAAACAAAGGCAUUGAUUGAGCAUCUUCAGGUUAGCCAAGAGGAAAGCAAGAACCUGGUAGAUGAGCCUCCUAUCAAGAGUGUGGUCUUCUCCCAAUGGACCACUCAUCUAGAUUUGAUUGAGAUCGCUUUGAAGAAUUCCGAUCUCGACAGUUUCACUCGUCUUGAUGGUUCGAUGACUCUCGCAGCGCGCGGGAAAGCACUGGAUGCCUUUGCCAAAGACGAUAGCAUUACCAUUUUGCUAGCUACCAUCGGUGCGGGUGGUGUUGGCCUGAACCUUACUUCUGGAUCCCGGGUUUAUAUCAUGGAACCACAUUACAACCCUGCUGCGGUUGCGCAGGCUGUAGACCGUGUCCAUCGACUUGGUCAGAAGCGACCCGUUCAAACCAUUCAGUUCAUCAUGAAUGACAGUAUCGAAAAGAAGAUUCUUGAACUGGCGAAGAAGAAGCAGCGACUGGCCGAUAUGAGUCUGAAUCGAGGCAAGCUUGAUAAGAAGGAAGCUCAGGAACAACGCAUGGAAGAAUACCGUACUCUGUUCCUGUGA